UAUUUUAUCAGAAGACUCACCAGUUCAGUUCUCUCUCUCGCCUCGCCGUCGACUCUCUCAGCCUUCAUUCCUCGGACUUCGUCGUCUCCUUUCUCCGUUAAAAAGGGUUUUACAAUCAGCAAAAAAUGUAUCUUCAGUUUUACAUAAACGAGAAUGGUGACAAGGUCUACACUACCAAGAAAGAAUCACCACUUGGGUCGCCUACUGAAUCUGCUCAUCCUGCACGCUUCUCUCCUGAUGACAAAUACUCGAGACACCGCAUUCUUUUGAAGAAGCGUUUUGGAUUGUUGCCAACCCAGCAGCCCCCACCAAAAUAUUGAAUACCUUCAUUGGUUCAACCUUUGUGUUGUCGUAUUUUGUGGUUAUGAAUUUUGAUCCUUCCUAGUCCGUUUGCAUUAAAUCUUUCUGCUUAGUCUGUACUAAAUAUCUCUACUACCUGUUUACAGCAGACAGAUACAGAUACUGUUUUCUGCGUUAUUAUGCGAUAGUUGAGUUCAUCA